AUGGCGUAUGAUUUCCCUUCGGCAAUAUUCGUUGGAUUAGACAUUUCACCCAUAUUCCCUCCGGAACAGAAAAAACCACCAAACGCCACCUUCCUCCAAUUGAACAUAUUAGACGGUCUUCCAUUCCCGGAUGACACAUUUGAUUUUAUCUACCAACGCUCUCUCGCAUCGGCCAUGGAAGAAUCUCAGUGGAAAAGUGAAGUAAUUUCCGAACUGGUUAGAGCAAUCAAACCUGGCGGUUGGGUGGAAAUAAUGGAGGUGGGCACCAUUGUUACCGACGAUGUCCAAACGCCAAUCUAUCAUCAAGUUAACUGUGCAUGUGAGCAUUCUUGCUUCAUAAGCUUCCUCUCCAGCCGUGACAUCAAUGGAUCAAUUAGUUCUAAGCUCGAGAGUAUCAUGGCUGGCGUUCAUCGGCUCACAAAUAUCCAAAGCGAAGUUCGCGAGACUCCGGUUGGCCAAUGGGGCGGAAGACUUGGAGAAAUG